AUGGACACACAAGACAUGGAUUUCUCGAAGGAGGACUUACGUUCUGUCCCCAUUUGGGUUAAGCUGCAUAAUCUUGAUUUCAAAUAUUGGGGGGAGAAGAGCCUUAGCAAGAUAGUGGGGAAGCUUGGUAUCCUGAUACAUGUAGAUAGUGCUACUGCAAAGAGAGAUAAACUUCUGUUUGAAAGAGUGCAGUGUAAGGGUAUGGGCCAUGAGGUCUCUAAGUGUAGGAAAGUCACUGGUAGAAGGGUGUGGGUGCCAAAGGUUUUUGCUGCUCCCCUGGUUACUAGUAGUACUGAUCAUGUGAAGGCUGAACAGAUGAGGAUAAUGGGGAGAAUGGUGAAGUGGUGGGUGUGUUACAGAAUUUUGCUCCUGGGGGAAGGAACUUCUCUGGCAGCAAUGGAUAGUAUUGUCAGUUGGAAUAUGAGAGGGAUCAACACCCAGAGGAAGAAAAAUGAGGUCCCCCCAUCUAAGUUGGGGGCCUUGUAUAUUAAUAUGUUUAGUGGGUGGUGUUUCACAACAAAUAGUAGAGUUUGUAAGGGGGGUAGAGUCAUGAUAGCUUGGAACCCAAGUACUUUCACACUGACUCUGUUGGGUAUUUCUAGCCAAAUGAUCCACUGCUUAGUUUUCCCUAGAAACAGAAAAAGUGAGUUUUUCUACACCAUUGUGUAUGCUUUUAAUCAAAGUGCAGAAAGGGAGACCUUGUGGAGAGAUCUAUGUGUUUUUGGUGGUAAUAUGUGCAAGCCAUGGGAUGUUAUGGGAGACUUUAAAUGGGUCCUUAAUGUGGAUGAGAGAGUAUGUGCUCCUGUAAGGCACCAGUCUAUGAUAGAUUUCAGAAAUUGUGUAAAUUGUUGUGGGUUGGAAGAUGUUAAAUCUGUUGGCCAUUUUUACACACGGAAUAACAAACAGGAGGGCAUUGCUAGGGUGUUCUCCAAAAUUGAUAGAGUCAUGGCCAAUGAUCUUUGGAUGCAAACUUUCCCUAGUGCUGAAGCUGGCUUCUUGUCUGAAGGCUUGUUUGACCACUGUCCUUGA